GUUUAUCUGCUUUUCGCUCGCAUCUCGGCUGCUUGACUUCACAGCCUUUGAAUUGCACGGGGAGGGGUUUCUGCACAAUCGCAUGUCUAACGUUGGGCUUUUGGAUAUAUCCUCCAAGUAGAGCACUGAUCCUUCAGUCAAAGAAAAGUCUCAAUGAUGAGCGAUAUCGGCGCUCGGCCAGUGUUGAAGGUGAAGACGAUCUUCACGUUCGAUGAAGUAAUCCGUGAAAGAGCAAGUGAUGAAGACCGGAUUCCUUUAAUUGGGUAUCCAAAAUCCAAGUUAGGGAUUACAGAUUAUGAGCUUUUCAAUGGGAAGCAGUUGAAUCGGCUUGUUGAUGGUGCUUCAAAAGCCCUCCUAAAACUGGGCGUGAAACCUUUGAAGGCAGAUGAAAAUGAAGUCGUUGGUAUCUAUGGGAUCUCAGGUCUCGAUUACAUCGUCACGAUCUUCGGUUUGGGGAGACUUGGAUACACGACCUUCAUGCUCUCACCCCGCCUCCCCGCCACCGCAUGUGUGAAUCUCCUCAAAGAUUCAGGAGCCAGGACGCUUCUUUACGCUUCCCAAUUUUUUAAUUUAGCAACUAAGACCUCAGCUUCUCUCCCACUCACCGUCAUCCCAAUUCUCACAAGAGAACAAUAUGACAUCCUUAACGACACCACCCCGCCAUUUGAACGCAAUGGUAUCGAUGGCGAGAAGGAGAAUUUGAAGAAGCUAAUAAUGAUGCACUCCUCCGGCUCCACCGGCCUCCCGUGUUCAAUCCACUAUACCCACAGACGUCUGCUCGCCACCAUGCUGACCGCACAACCGCUCAUCGCCUUCCAGUCCGUGCCGCUCUUCCACGCCCACGGCUUUAUCUCCUUCAUCCAAGCCAUCUACAAGCGGAAAUGUAUCUACCUGUUUAACGGUCAUAUCCCUCAAACACACGAGACCGUCACAGCUGCGAUAAAAGCGGCGGAGCCGGAAAUUGUGUGGACUGUGCCGUAUGUGUUGAAGCUGUUGUGCGAAAAGAGGGAUGGGAUUGAGGUGUUGAAGAGAUGUAAAGUGGUGAGUUGUAGUGGGAGUAGGUGUCCAGAUGAGCUAGGCGAUUUGAUGGUUAGGGAGGGUAUUCAUUUUGGGACUGUUUUUGGGGCGACCGAGGUAGCUCUUAUCUUGACAUCUCUAAACAGACCAAAAGAAGACAAAGCGUGGAACUACCUCCGCCCGCCCCCUCAUAUCGCCCCCUUUAUCAAAAUGAAACCCAUCGACGGUCCAAUCUGCGAGUGCGUGGUUCUCGAUGGGCAUAAAGGGAAAAUGGCAUCCAACUCCAACGACCCGCCAAACUCAUUCCACACCAAAGAUCUCUUCAUCGCUCACCCCAGCAUCCCUAACACGUGGAAAUUCGUCGGGCGGCUUGAUGAUCGCGUAACAUUGAGCAAUGGGGAAAAGGUAUUACCAUUGCCGAUCGAAGGCAGGAUUCAGCAAGAUCCUUUAGUGAGAGAAGUUGUUGUUUUUGGGAUUGAUAGACCGGUUCCGGGUCUGUUAUUGUUUAGGGCGGAGAGUGCGAGGGGCUUGAGUAACGAGGAGUUUUUGGAUAGGGUGUGGCCGGCGAUUGAGGAUGCUAAUACGAGGGCGGAGGGUUUCUCGCAGAUUAGUAGGGAGAUGGUUGUUGUUUUGAGGGAGGAUGUCGACUGUCCCACAACGGAUAAGAGUUCGAUUAAGAGGGCGCAGGUGUAUCGGGAUUUCAGGGAGGUGAUUGAAGGUGUUUAUGAGAGGUUGGAGAGUAGUCAAGAGGGAACUCUUGUGCUGGAUAGUGAGGAGUUAGAAAUGUGGAUUAUGGAGUCUUUUGAGAAGUUGGGUACUCAUCUGAAAGAUACAAAUGAGGAUUUCUUCUCGGCUGGUGUGGAUAGUCUGAAGGCUAUUCAGAUGAGGGGCUUGAUUAUUAGGAACCUUGACCUUGGUGGGAAUGCUUCGAAGUGUCCGUCGAUGGUGGUAUAUGAUUCCGGAAAUGUGGAGAAGCUCGCCAAAGCUCUGUCAGAUGUCCGUUCUGGGGAAGCAAACUUCAGCUGGGACGUGGACGAGGUCACGGAGAUGCGGAAUUUGAUAGACAAGUACUCUCAAUUCGUCAAACGUGAAAAUUGUGACAGAAAAGCUCCUACGCGCAACGUUGUGCUUCUUACUGGCGCAACCGGAUAUCUGGGUUCUCAUAUCCUUUCUCAACUCAUGAGACUGCCAAGUGUAUCCAAAAUCUACUGCCUACUACGAACCACAUCUGCACCUCAAACAGCCAUCGAAAAGCUCAAUGAAGCUCUUCAAGAACAAUAUUCAACUCAUAUCGCCUCAUCCACGAAAAUACAUCCUCUUCUAUCCGACCUCUCGAAGCCAGAUCUUGACUUGCCAGGCCUAGUGUUCCAGAAGCUUCAGGCAGAGACAACACACAUUAUCCACUGUGCAUGGGAAGUCAACUUUGCUCUGCCAGUGAGAUCGUUCGAGGCUCACUUAGCAGCCUUGCAGAAUCUUGUCAAUCUCUCCCUCUCAUCUUCGUUCACACAACCCGCCCAUCUCCUCUUCUGCUCCUCAGUGGGUACCGCAAUGGCAACAUCAGCCCAACGCCCAAGCAAAGAAGUCACCAUUCCCGAAGAUCCAAUAAAAGAAUUGACAGAUGCUUCGCCGACAGGCUAUGCUCGUUCCAAAAUCAUCGCUGAAAGAAUACUCGAGAGAGCUGUUGCUCUAGAUGGAGCUCGGGCGGUGAUUUUGAGGAUUGGGCAAAUAAUCCCUUCUCAAAACUCUGGGUCGAUGCUGUGGAAUCCGAAUGAGAUGAUCCCGCUUCUGAUUCGCUCUGCGUUGAGCACUCGCUCGCUGCCCGAGACGCCCGGUGGUGGGGAUCGCUGCUCGUGGAUCGAUGUGGAUUCGUUGUCCAAGACCAUUUUGGACAUUUCUCAUCUAGGUCGAGUAAUUUCAGGAGAAGACAUGGAGAGACCACAUCUGGUGUACAAUCUCGUUCACCCCAGGCCUUGCUCAUGGAAAGCUGAUUUUCUCCCUGCCUUGAAGAAAGCGGGAUUAGUUUUUGAAGUAGUGGAUUGGCAGACCUGGCUUGAGAAAUUGAGGAGCAGCGAGAAGGAUGUCAAGAAAAAUCCGAGUAGGAAACUACUUGCUUUCUGGGAGGCGCAAAAGAUUUAUGGGGAGGGGAAAGAGAUCAAGUUCGAGACCGCAGCAGCUGAGGGGCAGAGUGACGCCACGAAAAAUAUGGGGAGAGUGGUUGAUGAAGAGUAUGUUGCAAAGUUGCUGGACGCUUGGAGAAUUGUUUGGUCGGUUUUUACCUAGGUACAGUCGCUUAAAGUACUGCACAGUCCUGAAAGAGAACCAGUUAGACUGAAAAGGAAUCGAAAUCACAAUUGUUCUUCUGUUUCUUGGCGAG